AAUAUGACCUUUAGCCAUGAUAAAUAAGCUAUAACGCAAGUUCGUAAUACAGUGGUUGCCACGUAGCUAUAAUAUGGUAAAAUAAAGUCAUUCUAUUUUCUCGUUCGCGUACUUAAAUAGAAAGAACCGAUAAAUAUGGCAACUAUUCGCUUAGGACAAAUAUUAUUUCCUCGCGUUUUUGAUAUCGCUAGAAAACCACAACAAUUUGCAUCUUUCAUCAAGUUUUAUUCUUCUCAAAUUCAUAAUUAUGAAUUGAUAAAGGUAGAGACUACUGGAGAAAGAAAAAAUGUUGGAUUAAUUACUUUGAAUAGGCCAAAAGCAUUAAAUGCUUUAUGUAAUCAGUUAAUGAUUGAACUGAAUGAAGCUAUAGAAAAGUUAGAUAAAGAUGAUACUGUUGGAGCUAUUGUUAUUACAGGAAGUGAGAAAGCAUUUGCAGCUGGUGCUGAUAUCAAAGAAAUGGCUAAUAAUACAUAUUCUCAGACUAUGAAAGGUAAUUUUCUUUCAUUUUGGAAUGGAGUUUCAAAAGUUAUUAAACCAGUGAUUGCUGCUGUAAAUGGAUAUGCUUUAGGUGGUGGAUGUGAAUUAGCUAUGAUGUGUGAUAUUAUUUAUGCUGGAGAUAAAGCAAGAUUUGGUCAACCAGAAAUAGCUAUUGGUACAAUACCUGGUGCUGGUGGUACUCAAAGAUUAACUAAAGCUAUAGGAAAAAGUAAGGCAAUGGAAAUGGUACUUACUGGAAAUCAAAUAACUGCAGAGGAAGCUGAAAAAAGUGGUUUGGUUAGUAAAGUAUUCCCAUCUGAUAAAGUUGUACAAGAAGCAAUUAAACUUGGAGAAAAGAUAGCUUCACAUUCGCAAUUAGUUGUAUCUAUGGCAAAAGAAUCUGUUAACAUGGCUUAUGAAACUACAUUGCAAGAAGGAUUACACUUUGAAAAGAGAAUGUUUCAUGGAACAUUUGCCACAAAUGACAGAAAAGAAGGAAUGACUGCUUUCAUUGAGAAGCGUCAACCCAAAUUUACUAAUCAGUAAAUGCAUAAAAAUAGAUA